AUGUUGAGGGUCCUCAGCCAGCUGAGCUGGACACUCGGUGAAUUCUUGUACAACUUGUUCAGGUCGAAGGAUGACAAUGGCGAGAAGAUCCAACGCGACGAACCACACCGGACAAUGAUCGCCCGCUUCCUCAGUGGAAACACGAAACAUACAUUUGUGGAGAUGGUCCAAGCAAUCAUGGAAGACACCGCAGGACUCCCCAAGCAAUCGGAUGACGAGAGUACAUACAUGUACUCACAGAACCAUCCAUCCCUCGAGAUCAAACAUGCGCGACCUGCGCUUACAACGAUGGCCGUCGAGCUUGUGACCAAGGAGAUGGUGCGGGAGAUGAACACAACUGUAAAGAGUGUGAAUGGGCUGCACGGAUCUGCAGUGCCGUUGAGGCGAGGAGGCAGGAUGCAUCUCAGGUGGCAAGACAUCAGCACUUCGACAGUGGAGACAACGAAGACCAUACUCAGUACACACAGCCCCCUCGCCUUUCAUUUCCUGCUUCGGCUCGCGACCCCUCCAGCACGGACUGCCACAGACACACAGUCUCCCGAAGGUGUAGUCAUCGCAACUCGCAGAAUCCGUCCACCCAAAUUGACAGUUACCGAGGUUCUGAGCGAUGUCGCAUACUGCAGGACGUACAGUGCCCGCUUGCUACCCGUCGCGCGAGGAAUUCUGUACUUCGCAUGUGGCGCGCAGCUGUCACUGUUCAACUACAACAGCCGGACAGGUCACACACCGAGUUGGAGUACCGUGAUUGCGACGUUGAAGCGUCUUGCCGACAGUGCACGGGAGGAGCUGCGGGAGAUGGGAAAGAGUGAGACGCAGGCCCUGGUGAUGCGGAUGGAUAAUGUCCAGAAGUAUCGUAAACAACGCGAGCAGAGGAUCGGUCGGAGGAACGAGAUGGAUGUUGGUCUUGCGGCCACAGUUGCGGAAGCCAAGGACUUCACGGCGGAUGCUCUAGACCUGGGUGAUAAACUCCGUCGCAUUGCCGAGAACGAACGUUCGACACUCACUGUUCCCAAGCUGUUGAACAUGAUUGAUCUCGAUCACUACGAGACUGUCAGCGCACUACAAUGGCUGCAGACCCUCGUGUACUCCAUUCCACAGCUCAACUGCCACAAAUCAGCCCUCGAGAAACUCAACAAGACGGAAGGGGCAAAGCUGCGCGUACCUAAACAAAAAACGGCCCUGCAUCCCCUCGCCACAACACGCAAAAACGAGAACGUCAUGACGGAGUUGCGUGAUGCACUGGUCGACUUCAUGGAGCAGGUGGGACAGGAGGAAGAAGAUUAUCAGCAGCGGCUUCUGUUCAUUGGAGGCGAUGGACUCACCUUCGAGAGGCUACAGCAGAUCAAGCAAUAUCUAGACGACCAGACGACUGCCUACCGCCGUUUCGAUAUCAUCAUGCCAUUCCUGGAAAUCUGGCAUACUAUCUGGACACAUCUCAGUUCAGUAUUCGAGACUCACUGGGGCAAUGAACUCACGAAAGACCCCUCGAAGCUUGGCCACAGUGCUCAUAAGAUCGGGCAGAAGACGCCAUCAAAUCUAAAGAAGGUCGAUUAUUACGCUGCGUCGCACCUGUUGUAUCUUGUGCUCGACACACGGAUACUCAUUGCUGGAGGUGAGCAUGUCAGAUUGUUCAGCUGA